UGACUUCUUCUAGUUCCGCGGUGGGAGGAGAAGAUUGCUUGCCUGCAUGUGAACGAUUGUCUUCUGAGGAGCAGUUGACUUCUUUUGAGGUGCACAUUUGUCUUCAAUUUUCCCAGUCAGGCUGCAUUUUCCUCCUGAAAGGCGAUUUUAAACCAGACGUAAAACUGACAAGAAAUUAUUUUCACCAACUUUGGACACUUCUCAGAGUGUGUCAGUGCAGUUCUCUCAGUAUGACAUCAGCUGGAAACACCAUUGAUGAUGAGGACACAUUCAAGAUCCUCAUUGCCACUGACAUUCACCUAGGUUAUCUGGAGAAAGAUGCCAUUAGAGGAAAUGACACGUUUGUGACCUUUGAUGAGAUCAUGAAACAAGCUGUGCAAAAUGAGGUUGACUUUGUUUUGUUGGGUGGGGAUCUGUUCCAUGACAAUAAACCAUCUCGUAAAACUAUGCAUAGCUGCAUGGAGAUGAUGAGGAAGUAUUGCAUGGGUGACCGGCCAAUCGUCUUUGAAAUCAUCAGUGAUCAGGCUGUCAAUUUCAGCCACAGCAAGUUUCCAUGGGUGAACUACUUGGACAAUAAUCUAAACAUUUCCAUCCCUGUCUUCAGUGUGCAUGGUAACCAUGAUGACCCAACUGGGGCUGAUGGUCUAUGUGCUAUAGACCUGUUGAGCUGCGCUGGUCUGGUCAAUCAUUUUGGCCGCAAUCAUUCAGUGGAGAAACUUGAAGUCAGUCCAGUUCUUCUGCAGAAAGGAAACACCAGGAUUGCUCUCUAUGGCAUUGGUUCCAUUCCAGAUGAGAGACUCUACCGGAUGUUCGUCAAUAAACAGGUGACAAUGCUACGACCACGAGAGGAUGAAGAUGCCUGGUUCAAUUUAUUUGUCAUCCAUCAAAACAGGAGUAAGCAUGGGGCGACUAACUACAUCCCGGAACAGUUUUUAGAUGAUUUCCUGGAUUUGGUGGUAUGGGGUCAUGAGCAUGAGUGUAAAAUUGCUCCAGUCCGUAACGAACAACAGCUCUUCUACGUCACACAGCCUGGCAGCUCUGUCAUUACUUCACUGUCACCAGGAGAAGCAGUUAAAAAGCACAUUGGGUUGUUGAGAGUGAAAGGGAAAAAAAUGAAUCUUCAGAAAAUUCCUUUACAGACCGUCAGGCAGUUCUUCAUUCAGGAUGUAACACUCUCAGAUCACCCUGACCUUUUCAGCCCAGAGCAACCCAACGUCAUGCUCAAAGUCAUGGCUUACUGCCAGGAGAAGGUUGAAGAGAUGCUUGAAGAGGCAGAGCGAGAGAGACUUGGAAAUCCCCUUACUCCUGAGAAACCUCUCAUCAGACUACGAGUGGAUUACAGUGGGGGUUUUGAAGUCUUUAACACUAUGCGCUUUAGUCAGAAAUUUGUUGACCGAGUGGCAAAUCCUAAAGACAUCUUGCAUUUCAUCAGACACAAAGAGGCCAAAGACAACAUUAAAGAAGAAAGUUUGGAUUUUGGAGCACUCCUCUCUCGUCCCAAUUCUGAGAUCUUACAACUGAGAGUAGAAGAUCUUGUGAAGGAAUACUUCCAGACUGCUGAGAAGAAUGUGCAGUUGUCUCUGUUGACGGAGCAAGGCAUGGGAAAGGCAGUGCAGGAGUUUGUGGAUAAGGAGGAGAGAGAUGCUAUUGAAGAACUCAUAAACUACCAGCUGGAGAAAACCCAGCGCUUCCUCAGAGAACGACGGGUGGAAGCCACAGAGGAGAAGAUUGAUGAGGAGAUUCGACAGUUUCGAGAAUCAAAGAGAAACACAGCAGAAGAGGAUGAGGAAGUUCAAGAGGCUAUAAUCCGUGCAAAAGCUAAUAGAGAUCGCAGUGAAACUUUGAGAGGUGAUGACCUCAACCUAUCAGAUGAGCUAGCUGACAUUGCUAUGGAGUCUGAUGAAGAGUCCGUAUCUGCUCCUCCGGUCCGUGGAAGGGGGCGCAGCUCCAGAGGACGAGGAGAUCCUAGCACUACCAAAAGAGGAAGAGGGAGAGGUGCUGCCUCAAAGGCAGGGCGGGGGGGACGAGGACAAAAAGGAUCUCUCUCAAGUCCCCUAAAAACCAAGUCAAUAAUGGAUGCAUUCCAGGCUUCAACUCAGAGGACCUCUCGUGGAAACACAUCAAAGUUGGAUGCCGAUGAGAUCACCAUAGAGGACAGUGACUCGGAUGAUAAUGUUUCAUUUCUAAAAAGUUCCAGGACAAAACAAAAGCUGCCUUCAUUAAGCUCCAGUAAGAGAGGUUCCCAAAGCCAGAGCCAGUCUUUUAAAGGAGUAUGCUUUGAUGAUGACGAUGAUGAGGAUGAGUUUGAUCCAUUCAAGGGUUCAAGACGGCAGCGCAAAUGAGGAAAUACUUCCAGCUGCUUGUAUAGUCCUAAUUUUGUUUCCCUCAAUGUUUCCACAGUUUUUGCAGAGUCAAACUAGUUCGUUCAAGGUUUACAUGCUUUCUGUUAUUUUAAAAACAUUGUUAAAUUUUAAAUGUUGAACACUGCUGUCUUUUCUACUGGUUUAUUAUUGUUGUCCCAAGGCUUGGACAUGCAUCAAUGUGUGUAUCAAAGGAAAAGUCUGUUCAUCUCUGUUCCAUGUUAUAAAAACCAUAAACAUGU